ACCAGGAGCUGGCUGGGGCUGGAGACUGCCGCUGCUGGAGCUGCAGCUGCCUGGCAGAGGGGAAACUGAGGUGGGGGUGUGGCUCUGGGACAGACAUCAGGGCAGGACCUCCCUAGCCAGGGUGCACGGUCUGGCUGGGGGAUGUGGACUGGCUGCAACGUGGGGCGGGGUUAAAGGUCUUCCAGGGCAGCCCUGGGGAGCACCACUCUGCAUUGAGCACCGCCUGGGCCGCAGGCCUGCGGUGGCAGGAGCAUGAGUGAGCAGGGGAGGGAGACGGAGGAGGAGGAGGGGGGAGGUGGUGCUUCCGACACAGCGCCCAUGCUGCCCCGGGGACCUCCGGACCACCAGGCCUCAGCCCUGACGUGCCCAGGGUGGUCGGGGCCCCUGCUGCUGCCCGGCCAGCUGCUGGCUGGGCUCCUGCUGCACCUCCUGCUGCCCGCCGCAGCCUUCCUGCUGGUGCUCCUGCCCGUGGCGGCCGUCGUCUACCUGGGAUUCCUGUGCCACUCGAGGGUCCACCCCGCUCCGGGUCCCCGGUGCCGGGCGCUGUUCUCGGACCGCGGCUCCGCGGCGCUCAUCGUGUUCGGGCUUCUCUCGCUGCCGCCGCUGCUGGUGCUCGCCUCGGCCGUCCGCGCCCGCCUAGCCCGGCGCCUCCGCCCGCUGCUGCCUCCGCCCGCUGGGACCCCCGGACCCCGCCGCCCCCCGGGGCGCCCCGACGAGGACGAGCAACUCUGCGCCUGGGUGUGACCCGGCGGCCGCUGCGAAACCCCGGGAGGCCUCCGAGCUCGCGCGCGACCCCAUCGCGUGGCCCGGCCCGGAAAACUGAGGGUCGCCCCCGCUUCCCCUUCCUGGCUGGGGGCGCAGCGCUCCCGGCUUACGACCCCGGCCUCCCCCGCCCGCAGCCCCGCCCCCGCCACGGAGGGCAGGGGAGGGGAAGAGAGGGGAGGGGAGGGGAGGAGAGGGCAGGGGAGGGGAAGAGAGGGGAAGAGAGGGGAGGAGACGGGAGGGGA